AUGUCAGUAAAAAGGAGGGCUACAACAGAUCUUAAUCAUGAAAAUUGGGAUCAAGAAGAAAAGGAUGAGGAAGAAAUGGGCACUUUUAAAGUUGCACCUGAAGACGUUCUAGAAAAGCGAGUUAUAAAAAUCGCCAAACGAAGAUCCCAAAAUGCAGAUGGGACUAAAAAAGCAGUCUUUAGUGGAUUUGGUGGUUUCAAUAAGACACAGCCCUCAUCUUUUGAUUUCUUGGCUAAUUUAACUAAUGGCAGCAAAACCAAUACUACCUCUGCAACCACAACUGAUAGUGUACCACCAUCCACUAAUAUUACUAGUAAACCAUUUGGAAGUAUGUCAAGUAGUAACAUUUUUACAUCACCGGCGUCUUCAGUUCCUGCUAAGCCAUCAUUUGGAAAGCCAACAACAGAAUCAUCAUCAUCAGUUUUUGGGGUUCCCACUUCAAGUAUAGCUCAAUCAAUUUUUACUGCAUCUAAGGCUGAUUCUACUGUAAAUGAUAACCCAUUUAAAACACAAGUAACUACCAAUAGUUUCAAUUCUAAACAACCAGAAGUGUCAAGCUCCCAAGUGUCAUCUACAAUAUUUGGUACAGCUUCAAGUUCUAGUAACAAUAAGUCUUUAUUUGCGCCUAGUAGUUCAACAGCAUUUCAAAUACAACCAGUCUCAAGUGCUUCGUCACAAUUAACAAAUACAGCUGUGGAUGCUAAAACUGAGAAUACAAAGGAAAGUAAUACUAAUUCAGAAAAGAUUGAGGGCAAAAAAUUAACUUACUACAGUAAAUUAAAGGGUCUAAAUGAAUCUGUAUCUGAGUGGAUCAAAAAGCAUGUGGAUGAAACACCAUUGUGUAUACUAACACCAAUAUUCAAAGAUUAUGAAAAGUAUUUAAAAGAAAUUCAAGAUGAGUAUAAUAACAAAAAAGAAGAAGAAAAAAAUAGUAACAACAAUGAUUCAAAGAAAACAGAAAAUCAAGCAGCACCUAUAAAAAGUAAUACAACACCUACCAACAAUAUGUUAGGCUCACCUUCAUUCACUACUGCAUCUUCUAAUACACCAAAAUCAAUUUUUGCUGUAAAAAGCACUCAAUCAGGAAAUUUUUCUUUUGGUUUUACAUCAUCCGCAAGUACUAACACUAGUGCUGGAUUUUCAUUUUUAAACUCAACCCAAAGCACUGCCACAACCACAUCCCCAUUUGCUGGAAGCAAUUCAGCAGCAAACACAAAUGAUAAACCUGCAUUUUCAUUUGGAACUGACAAACCUUUUAAUUUCAACUCCAAUAUACAGGUAAAAGAAAAUACAGAUAAGCCUAGUGAAAACAAUGAAGAAGAAGAUGAACCACCAAAGGUGGAAUUCACACCAGUUGUGGAAGAAAAUAGUGUAUUUGAUAAACGUUGCAAAAUAUUUGUUAAGAAGGAUGGCAACUUUGUGGAUAAAGGUGUUGGUACACUCUACAUAAAAAAAAUUGAAGACAGUGAAAAACACCAGCUAUUAGUGCGGGCCAACACAAAUUUGGGAAAUGUUUUACUUAAUAUGGUACUAAGUUCUGCCAUCCCAAUUCAGCGUAUGGGUAAAAAUAAUGUUAUGUUGGUUUGUAUUCCAAGUCCAGAAGCUAAACCACCACCUGUUCCAAUACUUAUAAGGGUAAAAACUUCAGAGGAAGCCGAUGAUUUAUUAAACACAUUGAAUAAGUAUAAACAGUGA